ACAUGCUUACUACGUAGCGUAGUAGGCCACGUAAAUUAGGUUUAGGAGUCUGUUGCUUUUUUGUGACGGCCGUCAAAUUGAGGAUAAGGUCACUGAAUGUUAUGUAGACGGGACUCUCUGUUACCCCUGUGGUUGCAAUAGGCUAGGCCUAGCCUACCACUUUCGUUUCUGGAUUUUAAUUAUAAUCGGUAUAGGAGAUCAGUAUGGAUAUUAUUGUGAGUGAUUUUGACUGGAUUCUAAGACAUUUCAAAAGCAACAUUAUAGACUCAAUAUGCGACAGUUGUAAACAGAAUUAUAGUUCAAAGUUCAAAAAAGGAAGACAUGUUAAUAUAAAAAAGGACUGCAAUAGGCUCCCUUCAAAAACACGUCCAAAUAUUCCAUCGAUUGCUUUUCGGAUUGGAUACAAAAAAAGUUUGAUUUUACCUGUGCUAUUACAUCUCUGGAUCUUUUCAUGUUUUAUGUGGAGGACAGCGUAUGCAGUUCCAGUUGAAGACCUGCAUUAUGGUAAUCAGCCAUUUUUAAUAUCCCAGCCAGAGGACGAAGUCUUUAUAGAAGGCAACCGACACACUCUAACAUGCACCGCAACGGGAGAUCAACCAUUAGUGUUUACGUGGCAGAAGGACGGUGUAGAUUUAGGCAGCACAGGUUCUUCGCUACAAUUACUGUCAGUGAGUCAAAGCGAUAAGGGGAUAUAUCGAUGUUUGGUGUCCAACAAGAUUGGGACUAUUAUAAGCAAAGGUGCUCGGGUGGAUGUUGCUUAUAUUGAUGAUUUUCAAGGGAGUGCUCAGUCAGCAUCAGUAAGAGAAGGAAAUCCCAUUAUCCUUACUUGCCCAGAAAUAGAUAGCUUUCCUGUACCAACUUAUUCUUGGACACAGGCUGGAAGAUCCUUAACGGGAAGCAACAAAAUUGUCACCCUUGAUGGUCGCCUUGUGAUCUUGGAUACUUCUCUUGCUGAUGCUUCUACAUACAAUUGUCAAGCUGUAAACAAUAAGUUAGGGGUUUCCAAAGUUAGUGCAGCCAUUACUUUGAACGUCCAGGCUAACAGUAACAGUCCUAUUCCCCCAACGCUUGUUAUACCACCUAAGAACACGGCAUUUACCGACUCUGAUACGCUCAUCGAACUUGAAUGUAUUGUAAACGCAAGGCCGCUAAGCCAGCUUUCCUACUCCUGGAUGCAGAAUGGUGAAAUUUUGCCCAGUGAGACAACCAGCUUGCUUGUUAUCUACAACCCCAGUAUCAUCCAUCAAGGCGUGUACGCCUGCAUGGCAUCCAUGACGGGCCAGUCUUCAGUCGAAGUUAUGGCAAACCUCACAUUUUACAGGCCAGCUUCACCCGAGUUUAACUUGCAUGCAGGCAGAACUGUAACAGGUGACGUGGAUACUAUCGUCGAUCUACCAUGCCAACCCUUGGGAAUUCCACGGCCAAAUAUUACAUGGUAUCGCAAUGCAGUGAAAGUUGAAGAUAUUGGGAUUUCUCGCUAUCAGGUGCUAGCUAGUGGUAGUCUACAAAUUCAAGAUUUGGAACCGUCCGAUGCUGGCAUGUAUCAGUGCGAGAUAAGUAAUGAGGUCGACGAAGCCAUCGCAGACACAAGACUUCAAGUUGAACGAAUCCCACCUACGAUGUUGCUGGCACCGGUCGAUACGACGGUAGUAGAGAUGACACAAACAUUGCUUCAUUGUCUCACAACUGGUGCUCCGGCCCCUAAUGUCGCAUGGAUGAAAGGUGAAACACUUAUAAUAAAUGAAGACUCAGUGAUAGAAGCUGGUCGAUUUGAGUUGAAAGACAACGGUGAUCUUUUGAUCUUUAGCUCGGAGACUACCGAUUCCGGAUUGUAUACGUGUAUCGCCUCAAACUCUGUAGGAUCUGUGAAUGCCAGUGCAAACUUACUGGUUCAAAAACGCACUUACAUUGAGAUACGACCGGUUAACACGCAAGUUGUUCUGGCGGAAGACACCAUCAUGUACUGUGUCAUCAGUUACGAUCCAUCCAUCAGCCUCGAUAUAUCUUGGUACCAUGAGGAUGUUCGCGUAGACUUUAGUGAUACUCGUUUUGUUCAGCUUGGGGAUGGAUCGUUGAGGAUUAACUCCGCGCGACAGGCAGAUAAGGGGCAGUACCAGUGCAAUGUGACAUCAUCAGCCGGGGAUGAUUCUGCUAAGGCUGUACUCACUAUCUUAGAAUUACCGUACGCGCCGAUGAAUCUUGUGGCUGCGCUGAGUAGUACCAACACCAGAACUAUCUUGCUAACCUGGUCUCCAGGAUUCGAUGGCAACAGUCCACUUACACGAUACAUUGUUGAACAAAAAGAAGAUUCAAAUGCCUUUAAAACUAUCUUAACGAAUGUGGCUCCAAGUACUACCUCACUACAAGUGACCAGCGUGAGACCCUCGCAUAGUUACUUGUAUCGCGUAACGCCCGUGAAUGGCGUCGGGGCAGGAACUACAAGUUCGGAGAGCAACCUGGUUUCUCUUCCAGAAGAACCGCCAGAUGAUCCCCCGCAAGGAGUUGUGGCAUCUCCGCGGUCUACAUCGGAAAUUAGCAUGGAAUGGCAGGAGCCACCCAUGAACACGUUAAAUGGAGAACUUCGGGGCUAUGCUAUCCGCUACCGCCUCCAAGGGUACGACCAGUCGUAUUCGAUGGUCAACAUCAGCACGCAGACGUCGUACGUGUUGACCGACCUCAUUACAUGGACCGUGUACGAGAUCGAAAUCGCGGGGUUCAACCGAGCCGGGAUUGGGACUUACAGCAAUCCAGUAGUAGUGCGCACAUUGGAAGGAGUUCCGACGCAAGCACCGCAAGAAGUCGUAGCCUACGCAGUGAACUCGACCGCGAUUAAAGUGGAAUGGAAGGCACCACAUCCGCAGACUCUUAACGGCAUAAACCAAGGUUAUAAGAUGGAGGCCCGAUCGGUUAAUCAGGAGGAUGAAGUGACUACAGUUGUGGUUCCCGUGGAUACUGCAAAUGACCUACAAGUUGGGUAUUUGACUACGCUGAAAAAAUACACCAGGUACGACGUAUCUGUAAGGUGCUUUACAACACCUGGCGAUGGGCCGGCCAGUCCUGCGAUCAGAGUGACGACAGAUCAAGACACGCCUGGUCCAGUGGGUGAUUUGUCUUUUACUGAUGUGUAUGACACGUCCUUGGUUGUAUCCUGGUUGCGUCCAACUGAGCCUAAUGGCAUCAUUAAGACGUACAAGGUUGAAUGGGAGGAGGUAAGCAAUCCUUUUUGGAAUAGGAAUCGUCAGGUAAAUCCACCGUCCAACAAAGCAGAGAUUACAGGUCUCACCGCUGAAACCCUAUAUGAGAUCACAGUGACUGCCUGGACAGAUGUAGGAGAAGGAGAGCCCUCGUCAGCAACCAUCAAGUCUGGAGUACCUCCGGAGCCUCCGACAGCACCAAUGAACUUGGCAAUCUCCAACGUACAAGCCAGAUCAGUCUACAUACAGUUCAUUCAGGGUUACGACGGUAAGACCAGCAUUCGAGAGUGGACCACCGAGGCCCAGAUUGGUUUCAGCCAGGAAUGGGUUGUCAUCUACAAGUACAGCGAUCCCGAGUCCACAGGCUACACCAUCCCGAACCUGAGUCCAUACACAAACUAUCGCUUCAGGAUAAUUGCAACAAACAUUGUUAACUCCAGUGCUCCUAGUGAGCCCUCUACUCUUACACAAACCCAGCAGGACAUUCCAUCAGUUUAUCCACAAGGAGUGGUCGUGAGGUCGUACAGUGAGACCUCACUAAGAGUCCGAUGGGUGCCUUUGCUUGAUGAACAGUGGAAUGGAAUUGCUCUAGGCUACAAAAUUCUUUGGCGAGAAGCCAGUGAUAACACAAGCGCCCCAUCCGAGUAUAAUCUGCCAGAUCCGUACGCACGCGAAGGGUUUAUUAAUGACCUACAAGAGUGGACAGCGUACACGGUUAAGGUGUUGGCGUAUAACAAAAUUGGGAAUGGCCCUGAAAGUCCCUCACAGACUCAGAGAACAAGUGAUACUGUUCCAAGUGCUGGGCCAGUGGAUGUGGGAGCUGUCGCCUUAAACUCCAGUAGUAUACUUGUGUCCUGGGGAGAAGUUCCUCCGACUGAACAUAAUGGUCUCAUUCUAGGAUUUAAGGUAUUGUACCAGGAAACUUCAAAUGCUGCCAAUUUCUACAUUAUGGAUGUUCCAGGCUAUGAUAACAGAUUUGUCCAGCUGAACAAUUUACGAGGCUAUACUGAAUACAGCAUACAGGUUCUGGCAUAUACACGCAUUGGAGAUGGUACACCGAGCAACGCUAUUGUCGAGUCCACAAUUGAAGAUGUUCCUGGACCUCCUUCCAAUGUUCUUUUUCCCGUUGUCACGAUCAAUUCCGUACGUGUCGAGUGGGACCCUCCACUAGAGCCGAAUGGAAUUAUUCUCGGGUAUGAAGUCGGUUACCGGCUUCAGAGUGCAGAUGACUUUGAAAUCGUCAAUAUGGAUGUUGGAAUGCGGAAAUAUUACAACAAAGAUAACUUAACUGCUAACCAGAUGUAUCUGUUCACGGUAACCGCUAAGACAGGACUGGGCUUGGGAACACCAGCUGAAGUACUCGUAUACACAACAAACGAUAGAUCUGUUCCUGAAAAGCCUUCCAAGCCGAUAGUUAACCAAGCCCUUGUUGAAAGUCGUGCUGUGCCCAUUACUUGGCAAGCUGACGUCGAUAAUCGUUCACCGCUGCGAAGCUACACCAUCCAAGUUAGUAGUGGAUCCAGUAGCAGCGCUUUCACCGACCAUAUUACCAACGUUAGUCCACUUUUGACGGCAUACAAAGUCGAUAAUCUGUUACCUUACACAAACUACAGGUUCCGUCUGCAAGCUAUUAACGAUGUGGGUCCCAGUGCAUACAGUGACAGCUCAAGUGUUGUCACAACCAGACAAGACAUCCCAGAAGGACAGCCAAUUAUUACCAAUGUUGUACCUUACGCACCGACCGCUAUUCGUAUCUCUUGGCAGCCACCACCAUCUGAUACGUUAAACGGGCAGCUGCAAGGGUACCGCAUAACCUUCCGUAAGCUCCCUGAUGGUGACUUCACCGAACGAAUUGUCAGUGAUAAGUCUGUCACUGAAUAUGAACUGACAAACCUGGAACGCUAUGUCGAAUAUGAAGUCAAAGUUGACGCAUACAAUAGCGAAGGACAUGGUCCGUACAGCGUUCCAGAAACUGUGUUCGUUGGAGAAGCAAUACCGUCUGCACCACCUACUAAUUUGGUUGUUGUAGUUGUCGGAUCUAGCGCCCUCAAUAUUUCCUGGAUUCCACCGCCCUCCGAGUCGCAAAAUGGCGGGCUGCAGGGCUACAAAGUCCAUUACUGGCUUCCCGGACGAAAGAACGAUACAAAGUUACUGAGGACGAUUGCUACGACCAAUAACUGGUUGAUGUUGGACGGGUUAACCUGCUUCACGGAGUAUGUGGUGGCGAUAUCAGGGUUCAAUGUGGCCGGUGAUGGGCCUUUGAGCGAGGAAGCGACUGGUACUACUGGACCAGAUGUACCUGGUGUUGUUGGUGAACUGAAAUUUGAGACUGUUCGUAUGACGACGUUGAAUGUCACGUGGGAGCCACCGCCCAAGCCUUGUGGUCAGAUACUUGGCUAUGAGGUCUUCUACCAGCCAAAGACAACAAUUGCAGGUGAAAAGGCGACUGUCACUAUAAGAACAAAGGGAACCGAUAACUGGUUAAAAGUCGAGAAUUUGGGUGAACGAGUGAUGUACAUGUUUACAAUAAAGGCAAAUACGUCAAGUGGUUUUGGUGAGGCGGUAGAAGCAAAUAUUAGAACGGGACCACAGGAAG